CAGUAAAAAAGUGUGCAAUAUAGGAAAUUCUGAUUAUUUCAAGGUUAAGGAAUGUAAUCACUUGUUGACUUCUACAAAGAAGUUCAUUAUUUAACAUACUGACUUGGAAUUUCCUCUUCAGGGCAUUUCGCAAUUAUAUUGUAUUGCUAUCAAUCAGAUCAAAUCAGUUAAAUCUGGUUUUUCUAAUCCCUCUAUAUAAUGUUUAAUAUUUCUCUUACUAAUAGUUUACUUCCAAUAUGCACAGGUAUAAAGUAUUUUCAGUUCUUUUAUUUUCCGCGUCUGGUGUCUUAACUAGCCCUUUUGGUCGUGGAUUGAACAAUAACAAUGGAUUUUUACCUUUGUCGACCAACAUUGAAGUACUUGUAGGCCCUCCACCAGAAACUGGUCCAGGAGAACCGGGUAUUGCCCAAGCUACUAAGUGCUUAAUAAAAUGCGAGGCUACGCCACCCAACAUUGCAGCAGUGGAAACACAACACUCGCCAGUCAACUUUGCAGCAAUGGAAACACAACAAUCUACAGAAACCAGGGGAAAAACUGUUAACCCCGCGUCAUUUAUAAUAGGUUUUCCAAGAUAAUGAUUCAAAGUUUUACUGACGAUUAAAUAGUAACAGUGGUAAUUUACAGUUCUGCAAUAUAUAGUUAAGUACAUAUUUCUCACAAGAAACAUAUUUUGCCUGGAAUUCGUGAAAAUAGUUAUAUUAGUCGUUUGAAAUACAUGUGCUUCACCUA